GUUUCCGUUUCUUCGCGUCUCGGUUUUUGUUUGGGCCAGUUGUUGUUGUUAUUGUUGAAUUAGCCCAAGCAAACAGUACAGUCAACAUCCGUUCUUUUUUUGUGUGUGUGCCCAUUUGCCGCAGUUGCAAGAGAAACGUUUGCACGCAAUCUUUAGGGGACGACUUCACAAUGUCAACUCAUGACUGUUGCUGGGCAGCUCUGUCAAAUAUCAUAGUUUUGGAGAAAAUAUUCAAGAAUCUAAAUGCUCGGGAACUGAACGGCUGUUCAAGGGUCUGUAAACUUUGGAGAGAUGAAGCUGUCAAAGCCAAAUGUUCAAGGAGACAAAUGAGAUGGCAUUCUUUUUUCUGUGAGCACAACACUGCUGACGAGGAGUGGUGGAGCUCAGUCAAUUCUUAUUUUCUGGACUGUCCUAUCGAGCCCAGGGCAGUUAUGAUGUUCUGCACAGAGUUUCUCUGGAGCUGUGUUAUGCAGCCUCCAAAACUGAAGAAAAAGAAAAGGCGCAAAUCUGUGGACUUGAUGGAUUUUUACCGCUUCUCUUUGCCAAAAAACUGUUCUGUUCAUAUCACGGUCACUGAUGGUAUCAUAGCUACAGAUGAAUCCAUGAAGACACAGGAGUACGAAGAUCGGGAAAGAGUUAUGUCCCUUGUCAUGUUCGGAGACUACGCGGGUGUUGAGCUGGUGCCGUUCUCCUGUAAACACGCCGAGUGUCAGGUCAUGCAAAAUCACUGGGCUGGUUCGUCUAGUGCUGUGCCAGCCCCCUUACAGAAACUCAAGAAAAAGGAAGUGAAAAUGAUCAACCUGUACUGUCCAGUGAGUGGGAUUGACCAAGAGAUUGGAUACUCUUUCUUCCGCAUGUUUGACCGGCCUCUCAUCGCAGGAGGCUACGUUAACGAAAAGUUCGUCAAGGACGCUAGUGGAAAAUUUAACAGUUCUUCCUGUGACAUCACAAUGUCCGGAGUUGCUAUAUGUGGAGAAGACGUCCAAGUUGCGUCAGUUUUGAUCCGCGAUGAAGUCGAGACAGAACCGGAAGUAGACGCUGUAAUCAAGCAGCUGACUCAGUAUGAUUUCCCCUUGGACAGCAGUUUGGGGCUGAUGUACGCUUGUGUGGGCCGCGGGACUCACGUCUACAAUGGAGCAGAGAAUGUCGAAUCCAAAAUUUUCCGCAAAUACUUCCCAAACACUCCAUUGCUGGGAUUUUUCGGCAAUGGUGAAAUCGGUUGUAGUUACUCUCCAGUGGACCCUCUACACAUGCCGUGGAAGAGGAAGAGUGUGGUGUUGUCAGAAUCGGGUGAUGGUGGUGGUGCUGAGGGUGAGGAGGAUGUGGAGGAAGAUUCCGUUCUGUCCAACGCUCAGCUGAAGCGACAGAUGGAGGAAAUGCGCCGUAAAGACAUUGAGUACCGGCUCAAGCACCCGCCCAAACUGCUUCACGCCUACACCACAGUCAUGUGCCUGGUGUCUUUGCCCAAACCUAGAUGAGUUCAACUCCUCGCUGCUGUAGAAUUACAAAUUCUAUCUGCUCAGUACGUAGUUUUGAGAAAUAUGAUAUUAAAAAUUUUGAGUUUCACAUCAUGU